AUGCAUUUGAUCUCCGAAAAAGCAUUAGAGCGUUAUUUUCGGGAACAAGUGAUUCCGGACGGUAGUUCAGAAGCGGUGAUUAAAUCGUUGCGUUCCGGAUCGGACAUUGUACCUGGACUUGUGGAAGGUGGAUUCAUCAUGUGGGAUGGCAGUCGACAACUGGUGGAAUAUAUUUUGACCCGUGGAUUUGUUGAAAAAAUACAUGGCAAAUGUGUACUUGAACUAGGGUGUGGUGCAGGCCUUCCGGGCUUGGUUGCACUGAAAUUGGGUGCUUCGUUAGUCAUGUUCCAGGAUUACAACGUGGAAGUAUUGACUAACUGGACCAUACCGAAUGUGAAACUGAACGCCACUGGAUCCGAACUGGAUCGGGUGCAAUUUGUCAGCGGUGACUGGGUUCAGCUUGCCACAGAAUGGGAAUCUAACGACCAGACAAACCGAUUCGAUGUGAUUCUCACCGCGGAAACCAUCUACCGUCCAGAUUUGUACGGUCGCUUGCAUCGUAUUUUCGACGCGUGUCUAGCCUCGGACGGCCUGGUUCUUCUGUUUUGCAAAGUUACUUACGGUCCCGGUGGCACCCUUUGGGAUUUUCUGGAAUUCGUGAACACUCAAAAGUGUUUCAAGACUACAGUGAAUCAAGUCACUCAAUCGGGUGUACUGACAUUUGUGGUUCAACUGGAACGAAUUUCCUGA